AUGGAAACAUUCACACUGCACGAUAUGCUUUUAAAUUACACUGAUAUGUACACACUACUGUGUGGACUUGGAUUCAAGAAUGAAACGGAGUGUAAUAAAGGAUCCGAAGAGCCAUCUCAGCCUAAAGAUAUAAAUCAGACUGUACGGAUAUUCUUGUACAGUUUAAUAUUCUUGCUCAGCGUCCUAGGAAAUGCCCUGAUCAUUGCAGUGCUAGUGAGAAAUAAACGAAUGAGAACUGUGACAAAUAUAUUUCUGCUGUCCCUGGCUGUCAGCGACCUGAUGCUCUGUCUGUUCUGCAUGCCGUUCACCCUAAUCCCAAAUCUGAUGAAAGACUUUAUAUUUGGCAGUGGUGUCUGUAAAGUGGCUGCAUAUUUUAUGGGUAUCUCUGUAAGUGUAUCUACUUUCAACCUAGUUGCAAUAUCCUUGGAGCGCUACAGUGCAAUCUGUAAACCUCUGCAGUCCAGAGUCUGGCAAACAAAGUCACAUGCCUUCAAAGUCAUCACAGCUACAUGGAUUGUGUCCUUUAUUCUAAUGCUACCAUACCCAAUCUCCAGUACCUUGGUGCCCUUCUCAAGAGCCAACAAUAGCACUGGUAACAUGUGCCGCCUUAUCUGGCCCAGUGAUAUUAUCCAACAGUCAUGGUACGUUUUCCUGUUACUGCUUCUUUUUCUUGUGCCUGGAGUUGUUAUGAUGACAGCGUAUGGACUAAUUUCCCUUGAACUCUAUAGGGGAAUCAAGUUUGAGAUAAGCCACAGAAAAUCUAAUCGAGACAGAAAAACAAGUACAAGCAGCAUUAAACACAAUGAUGGAGACGGCUGCUACAUUCAGAAAUCCAAGAAGAAAAAGAUGGAGAUGCAGCCACUGCCUAGCACCCAUAACAAGACUAAGAUCAGCAGGGUGAGAAGCAACAGCUCUACAGCCAAUCUAGUGGCUAAGAAAAGGGUAAUACGCAUGCUGAUUGUCAUUGUGAUUCUGUUCUUCCUGUGCUGGACUCCUGUAUUCACUGUUAAUGCCUGGCGGGCAUUCGACAGUUUCUCUGCCGACAGACUUCUAUCUGGGGCCCCCAUAUCAUUUAUUCACCUGCUGUCCUACACAUCUGCCUGCGUCAACCCCAUCAUUUAUUGUUUCAUGAACAAGCGUUUUCGUCUGGGUUUCCUGGCCACCUUUGCCUGUUGCGAAAAAAGCCAAGUUCUCACACAGGAUGUGGAAGAGAAUGGAGCUUCCACGGGUGGCAGUCUUUCAAGGUUUACGUACACCAGCAUCACCAUGUCAGCCCAGGCAUAGACUUGGAGAAGAAUCCCCUUAAGUACUCAA